UUGACUGUCCAUAAACCUCUGUUUGUUGGGGAAAUUAUGCCUCCCACUAAAAUAAUUCCUCCUGGACUACGUGAUCGGGACUUUAAGAAUUGGCCUCAAAAUAGUUUUAAUGAAGACAUAGUAUUUGAAACUGACAAGUCUCCCCAGGCAGUGCAAGUAAAAAGGUUGGUCAUAAAUGAAGAUCUGACUGAUAAAUUACUUAAAAAGUUUAAAGAAGUGAUUGGAAUAUAUCUCCAACAGUCUUACGAGGAAGGAGAUUCAUUUGGCUUAUCGAAGAUUGACGAAGACCAAGAACAAACUGAAAUUGCUCAGAGGGUCAAAUUAAUGAGGACGCUUCAGAAAUUGCCAAAACAAUCUCUACAAGAUGAUUCUCAAAUUGAGAAUAAUGACUUCAAAGACAGUCCUCAAAAUAAAAAUCAAAUUAACAUUGUUGAGAAAGAGUGCACUAUUGGGAUUGGUUAUUUCAAAUAAUGUCAGAUCUAGAAAAAAUAUUGGAAAAAAGAAAUUUAGAAAUUCUUAAAAAUAGAAUUAUUCCUACAUUUUUUGAGAACGAAUA